AUGUAUUUGUUAAUUAAAUUGCAAUUUGAUAUAAAAUUUGCGGAAUACUGCACAUUACACAACAAUAAUAGAGAUGAAAUGAAGUUGCUUCAGAGUGAAAUGAUCGUCAUAUUUGCUCUAGUUUCAGUAUGUGCAGCAAAUCCUGAUGCAAAACGAUUAUAUGACGACCUUCUUAGUAAUUAUAACAAAUUGGUGCGUCCUGUUGUUAAUGUGACUGAUGCAUUAACCGUACGGAUAAAGCUCAAACUCUCUCAGCUCAUAGACGUGAACUUGAAGAAUCAGAUAAUGACAUCAAAUCUCUGGGUGGAGCAAUCUUGGUAUGACUAUAAAUUGAAAUGGGAUCCACGCGAGUACGGUGGUGUGGAGAUGUUGCACGUGCCAAGUGAUCAUAUUUGGCGUCCCGACAUAGUUUUGUAUAAUAAUGCCGAUGGUAAUUUCGAAGUCACAUUAGCAACAAAAGCAACGCUAAAUUACACAGGGCGAGUGGAAUGGCGACCUCCAGCAAUCUACAAAAGUAGUUGUGAAAUUGAUGUUGAAUAUUUUCCGUUUGAUGAGCAGACUUGUGUUAUGAAGUUUGGUUCAUGGACUUAUGAUGGAUUUCAGGUUGAUUUGAGGCAUAUCGAUGAAUUAAACGGUACAAAUAUUGUUGAAGUUGGAGUUGAUUUAUCAGAGUUUUACACAUCGGUUGAGUGGGAUAUAUUGGAGGUGCCAGCCGUUAGAAAUGAAAAGUUCUACACAUGUUGUGAUGUAAAUAUUGAAUUUUUAGCAUUCAAUGUAACAAUGCGAAGGAAAACGUUAUUUUAUACAGUUAAUCUUAUAAUACCUUGUAUGGGUAUCAGUUUUUUAACGAUUCUUGUGUUCUACCUGCCAUCGGAUAGUGGAGAAAAAGUAUCGUUAAGCAUAUCCAUUUUACUGUCAUUGACUGUGUUCUUCCUCUUGUUGGCCGAAAUUAUUCCACCAACAUCACUAGUUGUUCCAUUACUGGGAAAAUUUGUGCUGUUUACGAUGAUAUUAGAUACGUUUAGUAUAUGCGUCACUGUAAUAGUUUUAAACAUCCAUUUUCGUUCACCACAAACACAUACGAUGGCACCGUGGGUGCGCACAAUUUUUAUUAACCAUUUGCCUAAAUUGCUCGUUAUAAAACGUCCGAUGUACGGAGGAUUGGAUCAAUAUAGUGCUGCAUCACGUCGUUUUAUGUUGAGAUCGGGAACAGGAUUGGAACUGCGUCACGAUAUUCCACCAUGUCCACCUCCAGCUACAUUACCAACGAGCUUUGAUCCGAGCUUAUUAAUGGAUCAUCAUAUUUUAGAUCCAAGUGACAGGAAUUUGGAAACAAUUAGUAUAGGAACGUGUAGAUUACAUGGCAGCCCAAAGCACGGAACAUCGACAAAUGUUUCACCACAUCACCGAUUACAUCAUCAUCAUCACAUGUAUUUGCAUCGUUCGCAUAGUAGAGUACAAAAUUUGGAUCUUAUGGAUGAUCUCCCGUUACCAUUUCAAACGGAUCCACAUCAUUUAGGUUUAUUGGUGCAAGAGUCACCGAUGUUAUCACCAAAUCCACCACCAUCAGUGAUUGAGAGUAAUGGACAAAAUUUCUCAUCAACAGCAACAAAUACACUAGCCAGUGGUCAAUCGACAACGACCACAAAUAAUCCUAAUAUAAAUAAUAGUAAUACGGUUAGCAAUUUAAAUAAUAAUUCGACAUCAACAAAUACGACUAAUGUGAUAAUUAACAAUAUUAAAACAAAUACAACAUCAAUUGGGACAACCAAUCUUGAUAGUGGAAUUGUUCAGCCAUCGACAACGACGGAGGGUGAUGAAACAAUGACAACAAAAACUAAUAAAACCGAGAAUAAAGAGUCAAAUAUUCGACAUCGUUGGCAUACGUGUCCGGAGCUACAUAAAGCGAUGGAUGGUGUCACAUACAUAGCUGAUCAUACGAAAAAGGAGGAGGAGAGUACGAGGGUGAAAGAAGAUUGGAAAUACGUGGCAAUGGUGCUAGAUCGUUUAUUUUUAUGGAUUUUUACAAUAGCUGUUGUUGUGGGUACUGCGGGCAUUAUUUUGCAAGCACCUACAUUAUACGAUUCCAGAAUGCCAAUUGACAUUAAGUUGAGUGAAAUUGCAUCCACAACACAAAUGACGAGACACGCGAGACCGGUUUUAUAA